AUGCGUCUUUCGAUAUCCUGUGAUGCUUGUCGGCAAUCAAAGGUCAAGUGUGUCCAUGACGGUCACCCUCCCUGUCGGCGGUGUCAACGCCUCAAUCGCCAGUCCUGUGUACUCUCAGACCCGCGGUCGUCGCCAUUGCGCCCUAGACGAGACUCAUUGCGUGUUCAGUCAAAGACAAGGCCAAGCUCGAGGUCAGGAGCAGACAGCUGUCCCGUGAACGGAAACAAUAACAGGCAGUGGUGUCCAGUUGCCACAUCUUCCAACCCAAUUGCUUCAAUUCCCUCGUCUGUCCUUAUCAAUGCUUGUGACAUUUAUCGCAAAAAGUUUCCUGUGGCCAACUUUCUUCACUAUCCGUCGUUGAUUGCAGAAAUUUCCACGAAUCCCUCAUCGGUGGAUUCGGUAUUCGUGGCUUCAUUGCUCGCCCUGUGUGCGCGAUUCCUGCCGGGACAUCAGCUGCAACCGGGAGAAGUAUACGCCGAGUAUGCGCGAGUGCAGUUGGCUCAUCGGGCCUUUGAAGGCCCUUCUCUUUACUUAGCACAGUCUUUAGUGAUCGUUUCGUUAUAUGAAUGGGGAUCAGGCCGCCCUUAUAAGGCGUGGAUGUACAGUGGAAUGGCCACAUACAUGAUUCAAUCGCUCCUGAAAACUGCAGAUGACAGCAUGGAACAUAGUCCAGACGAGUUUCAUGCCUCCCAGAUUCAAUACGAGCAGCUGGUCCGCACGUAUUGGUGCUGCUUCGCCCAAGACUGUGAGUUGAGCUCGGGUGCCCGUCAACAUUUCGCCCUAUCGUUUCGCCAGAUAUCGGUACCACUGCCCAUUGGUGACCAUGAUUUCAAUUUUGGUCGGCGAGCAUCUCGUCGACUGAUGCCUGCUAAUCUCACACGAGAUUCCCCGCUUUCCGCUGCGAUGACCAUUGACCACGGCUUGACCAUCGUCACGCGCGGGUUUGACAUAUUUGUGCGUAUUCUGCGCUUUGCGAACGAAAGCCGUCGAGGCCGGACAUCAUCAUCGUUGAAUACCGAGCUAUCGCCGCAGAAAACGUGGGAAAACCUGAAGGAGGAAUUGGACGAAUGGCGGUCCCUGCAGGAUGUGACGGUCCGGUAUCCAAGUACGAGUGCCCAAGCACAUGUGGCUCUGGGAUACGGGGAGCUUUUUGCCUACAUCAACUUGGUUUAUUUCAUGAGCGUCCUCUUUCUUCAUCGCGACCGCGUGCUAUCGAGUUUAAAGCUUAUGCAUGACCCGAAUCAUGAUCCACGGGUCGCAACGAACUUGGAAGAAUCUACCUGGUGCGAGGCCGCGAUUGAAGAGCUAUUUGAAGCAGCCCAGAACAUCGGUGGCAUUUUGUCUGCCCUGGAAGCCUCCGGCGCGUCAGUAAUUACUCCUUACGCUGGCUUCAGCGUCUUUGUCGCCGCUCAUAUCAAUAUGUAUGGCACUGUUUCGCCGCGGGGUUACCCAGGAGGCCAAGAGCGGGCUGAGCGAGAGAAAAGAGGCAAUUUCACGUAUUUGGAACGGCUCUGUGACUUCUGGCCAGUCGGCCAUAGUUGGUGGCGGACCGUACAGGAGGCCAGCAGAUUCUACGAAACCGCAAAAAGCAACCACGAGCAUACAGCUUCUGGCGAUCGCCCGGGCCAUCUCACUCUAGCCAGUACACUGGAUGAGUAUGGGGAUAUCCGUUGUUCGCGUCCGCGCCAUGAUGUAGCUAUCUCGCGUAGGCGAGAUACAGCUGGGAGGGAUGCUGCCAUGCCUCAAAAUCAUGGACCAACAGGUUGUCCAGCCCACGCGAACAUAACCUUUAGUGAGCAGGUCAUGGUGGAUCCACAUGAACUCGAGACAGAAAUGAUGCAAUGGCCCUUCAUCGAUGAAACAUGGUCGUCUGGGUUUGACACGGGAUUUGAUGCUGCAUGGCCGAACCCAGGCUAG